AUGCCUGAACUAACAGUUGGCCUCGUCAACCCGGUAACGAAUGGCAGUGAAAGUCUCUUUUCAACAUAUGACUAUCUCAAUGAUCAAAUGGAACAAUACAAUAGUAAUAUUAAUUUAAAUACCACUUAUUCGAACGGAAAUGGUCCGCAACAUCUUGCCGAAUUUCUGCAGCAAUUAUACUCGAAAAUGUCAGAUGAAAAACCUGUUGAUAGGUUGCUUUCGAAUUCGAAUCUGACUGAUGUCUCGUCAUCGUUAUCAUUUUCUACUUCAUUGCUAUCAAUGGAUAGUUUGCUGCCAACAUCGACUACUAAAAACAAUUCUUAUCAUUUUCUUUCAAUAAUCUCAUUUUGGAUUGUUUUGAUGGUCAAUCCUAUUGUGAUUUCAUUCGGUGUUACUGGAAAUCUUCUUGCUACAUAUAUUCUCAUUCGUUGUAAUAUCGCCAAGUUACCUGUUUCGUUUUAUACAAUCAUGCUCAAUAUUUCCGAUACGUUAAACUUGUUAAUACCUGUUCUGAUCUUUUGGUUAGAUAAUUGCAUUAAUCGAACACCAGACAAGGGUUACUUUCGAGAUCGAUCGAAUUUUCUUUGUAAAGCAUUGAUGUGUCCGGAUCAGCUAUUUGCUGCACUAAGUGCUUGGUAUAUGUGUGCGAUAUCGUUCAAUCGUUGGUAUUCAGUCUGUCGACCCUCGUCUUAUUUCUUUCGUGCUACUAUAUCUGGAGCCACGAGUACCAAUACAAGCGAUACACAUCGAACACGCAAAAAGCAUUCAACCGGUUCCAUGAUCAUGUCAAAUUCAUCAUUCAUACUAUUCUGUAUUCCAUUCCAUUGCUUAGUCCAGAACACGAAACUACGACAGCAUCUCCAAGCAUUUCGUAGUAUUUUCUUCAUUACACUCAUGGGUAUCCUAUGUUGUGUUUAUCCAAUAUUCAUGCACGAGCUUCGAGCUGUUAUCUCAACCAAUGGACACGUUUUUGAUUUAGAAAAGAAGAAAGCGCGCACUUAUGCUGUUAUAUGGAAGCGUUGUUAUUACAGUCAAAAACAUGAAUAUGCCUAUGACAUUAUCGGGAUAAUAUUAUCAUGUUUUCUGCAUAUAUUACCACUAACAUUUGUUGCUGCGAUGAAUAUCAUGAUUAUUUUGCGUUUAAGAAAACGGCAACGUCUCAUGACAAUAUCAGCCAACUUAUUCCCGACGAAGAUGUUGAUCGCCAAGAAGAAGAAACCGCUCGUGGAAUCGCAAAAAUGCACAUCGUAUGUGCCACGUUCUCCAUCGGAAAGAAAAGACACGUCUCAAAAUACACAGUGGAUGCAUUCUCAACCAGCGAUUUUAGCUACGCGCAAAGAUCAAGGAACGUCGACGGAUCUUUCAAUCCAGACACCUCGUCCAAUGAAUCAAUUAAACAUUCCAUCAACGUUAGCUCCACCUCGACGACAUCGCUCACGAGAUCGAACAAUAACAAUAAUGCUUGUCAGUGUCGCUCUAUCCUAUCUAAUUUUAACUCUUCCCUAUCGCUUAUUUUGGUCUUAUAAUGUUUAUAUCAAACGUAUGCAUCCUGAGAAAUUAACAUCGGCAGUUUAUUUAUUAAAAAUGCAUUAUAUCGACCAUAUACUUCGUACCAUACGUAAUAUACACUAUGGAACGAAUUUUGUUUUCUUUAUUUUUCUUUCGAAAACAUUCCGUCGAAAAUUUCGGCAAAUAUUCAUUGAGAAACUCUUUCGAAUGAUGGGACGUGUAUUGAAUCGAAGUUCGCCGGUCGCAAAUACGCCUGAACAUGCGGGAAACUCGAAAACCAAUCGUCAGCGACGCGUAGGAGCGAAAUCCAAAGAACGAGCAAGCAAAACAAAGCCAGAUUCGUUGACUGAAAAUGGAUCUCGAAGUCUAUUCGACGAAAUUCCAAGUGCUGAGGAAAAUCGUAUUCGUGAAGACGAAAUUCUCCCAAUACUCGAACUUCAACAGUAUCACAUUUCACGGUAUAACGGUGAAUAA